UACCGUUCCCUCUUUUAUAGCACUGUCGCUUUGUAUUUUCCAUACAGUAGCAAAAAACGAAACCCCCCACAAAAACCAAACAUUAUUAAGUUCUUCGCAGAUUUUAAGGUGUUUUAGUGUUCUUUUUUAUUUAGGAUUCUGGGUUUUGUUUAUUUUUUGUAAUGGAAGUGGAAAGCUGUGAAAUUGGUGGUGGUGGUGUUUCAGCCACCAAAACCGGUGGUUUGUGCGGUGGUGUAAGAGCUGAGAUCGAUACUUCGGCACCGUUUGAAUCGGUUAAAGAGGCUGCUUCUCGAUUUGGUGGAAUCGGUUAUUGGAAACCCUCUCAACCUAAGCUCAUGUCUGAAACUGAGCAUGAUGGGGAAGAAGUUGACAUUGCGAAAUUGGAGGAACAAGCGGCGAAACUGGAGAAAGAUCUCAUUGUUAAAGAAAGAGAAACAUUGGAUGUGCUGAAAGAACUCGAAACAACGAAAUUAACAGUCGAAGAACUAAAAUUAAAGCUGAAGAAAGAAGCAUCCGAAGUGGAUGUGAAGAACACGGAUGCUGAGAAAGAGAAUCGUUGUGGUGACCAUCCGAACUUGGUGGGAAGUUUAAGCCCCUGUCCUUCGGCAGCUCCAGGUUUAAUCUUGAUGGAGUUGAAACAGGCGAAACUGAACCUUUCGAGGACAACUAAUGAUCUUGCUGAUAUUCGAGGUUCGGUGGAAUCACUAAACAAGAAAUUAGAGAAGGAAAGGAAUUCUCUCGAAAGGACUCGAGAGAGGUUAAGUCAGAAUUCUUCAAAGAUAUCGUCGCUCGAAGAAGAGUUAACUCAAACAAGACUGAAACUGCAAGUAGCAAAAGAGGCUGAAAUCAAAACCGGGGUUGAUAAUCCUUUGGAUAUAUCAAGGGAACUUCAAAGACUAAGUUCUGAAGCUGAGCAAUUCAAGAAAAUAGGACAAGCAGCGAAAUCGGAGGUUUCAAGAGCAGUAUCCGAGAUUGAACAGACUAAAACGAGAAUAAAAACGACUGAGAUGAGGAUACUUGCUGCUAAGAAAAUGAAGGAAGCUGCCCGAGCCGCUGAAGCUUUGGCUCUUGCUGAGAUAAAAAACCUUUCGCGCAAGGAGAGCUUGUCUGGAAAUCCUGUGCAAAAAGCCGAAGGGGUGACUAUUUCAUAUGAGGAGUACUCUGCCUUGAUGUCCAAGGCACAAAACGCCGAGGAACUUUCUAAUAAGAAAGUAGUCGAUGCUAUGGUCCAAGUUGAUGAAGCAAAUGUUUCGAAAAUGGAAAUCUUGAAGAAAGUAGAAGAGGCCACGGAGGAAAUUAAAACGAGUAAGAAAGCCUUGGAAGAAGCAUUAAACCGGGUAGAAGCUGCGAACAAAGGCAAGCUGGAAGUCGAGGAAGCUCUUCGCAAAUGGAGAUCUGAGCAUGGUCAGAAACGACGAUCCUUACACAACCCUACCAAGUUCAAGAAUUCGUACCCAUCUCACAAUCGAAAAGAUUCUCGUUUAUUCGACGUGAAUGGAUUGAAUCUGGUUAACGACGGUCCAACCCCGGUUUUGAAACCAACCCUAUCCAUAGGUCAAAUACUUAGCCGAAAGUUGCUUCUUCCUGAAGACUUUGAAACUGAGAUGCUAGCAGAGAAAGGCACUGUGAAAAGAAAAGUGUCAUUGGGUCAAAUGCUCGGCAAACAAAACGGUGAUUACGUAAUCAACUCUCAGAAAACCGAGAGAGAAACCGGUCACAAACAGUUCUCAGGAAAAAGGAAGAAGUUCGGGUUUGCUCGGUUUUCCCUCCUUUUAGCUAAACAAAAUAAGAAAAAGAAGAAGCCAACUCUCAACUUGAGGUAGAUGCUGUGAGAUAUAUAUAUAUAUAUUAUAUAAGUGAAGCACUAACUCUAUUAAUUACUUGUAUUGUUUGACCUCAUUUCUCUUCAAAGCUUCAUGCUUUUUAUGUUAUGUUUGUUUAGGUUCUUCUCUAGGCCAUGUCCGCCAUGUUUGAAUAUCAUGUUUGCCCAACUUAAAUGAAAUAUGACUUGAAUGUUGUGCCA